AUGAAUGAAGAGGUAAAGAAAAUAAAUUAUAAUGAGUAUAAGAGAAGGCUAAAGAAAUUAUUAGAGGAAAUAAAAAAAGAAAAGAAAAAAAAAACAAUUCAUAAGGAUAAGCAAAAUGAAAAUAUAUUAAAACUUGAAGAGGAACUAAAACAAUUAAAUGAAUUAUACAACGGGAAAGAUAAUAAUAACAAUACAGUAGUAGAAGAAAACAACUACAAUGAUAUAGUUCCUGAUAAUUUGUAUUCAUAUAAUGUAGUUUCAAAAAAAUCCUUAAAAAAUAAAGCAAAAAUGAAAAGGAAGGAAAUGGAAGAAGAACUAAAUGAACAAUCAAGAAGUAAAAUCGGAGAAGAAGAAUAUAAUCAAUUAUUAGAUAUAUUAAAAAUAAAAAAUCAAACUAUUUAUUCUAUAGCACCAGAUGGUAAUUGUUUAUAUGAAUCUAUUAUACACCAACUUAAACAAAGAAUUAAAAAUUUUAAACAUUCACAAAAUAACUUUUUACAAAUUAUUAAUGAAGAAAACUUUUCAUUAGAUAAUAUAGAUUUAAAAAAAUAUCAACAAAAUAUAAAUAAUUUUGAUUUUUCAAUUUUUGAAAGUUAUGAUCCAAAUCAUUUGUCUAGUGACAUACUCCGAUUUCUUACUUCAGUAUAUAUAUUACAAAAUAGUGAUUUAUUUGUAAAUUUUAUAUAUGAAUAUGCAGAAGAGGGAAAUGAUGAUCCAUGCUAUAGCUAUUGCCAACAAAUUAUGAGUGGAAUAUACGGGAGUGAAAUUGAAAUAACGGCUUUGUCAAAUAUUUUAAAAAAAAAAAUUACAGUACAAGAUAUAAACAUGAGCGUAUCAUAUGGGGAAGAUUAUCAAGAAGAAUUAUUUAUAUGCUUCCAUCAUAAGUUAUAUACACUAGGCAAGCACUACAAUUCUGUUAUAGACUUAUGA